AUGUCUCAAAAGCCGCCCUCUGUGAUCAUUAGGUCGAAAAGCUCACCUUCCUUCGACUGUGAUAAAAUAAAACAGAUGAACAUUUCCUCUACGUACACUAAUGAAAGAGAUCAACGAUAUUUUUCAGCAAGCCAUGUACAUGAUCGCAUAAAAAAAGCCGUCCCAGUCUUCGCCAGAUUAAAGACGGCUUUCAAAUCUAUAAAAUUACCACGAAAAAUUAAUUCGGAAACAAUCAGUAUUACAAACACGACUCGUUCUGUAGACGAAGAAAUAGAUGUUAGAGCGCCACCACCUAUAGACGAUUCCUUUUUCUUCGAACGUCUUGAACCUCUAAGAAAUGUGGAAAUUGAUAAAAAUACCAUAUAUCAUUUAACAAUGAAUACAAUGAGCGAUGCAGAAAUGAAAGUACUUAUAGAAAUGGAGAAUGGUAACGUACCAGAAAGGGAUGAAAUUCUCUUUCCAGAUUCUGACGAGAGAUUCAGAAAUAUUGCGUUCAGCUGGGCUUGCAUUCGAGGUCUAUCACAAUUUUUAUUUCGACUAGAAGCCUCUGGAGCAAAUAUCAAUAAUAUAGAUUUAAGUGGGACAACUCCAUUAAUGUUUGCCGCUUUUUCUGGAGAUAUUGCUUGUCUGAAAUAUCUUAUUGAGAGGGGUGUCAAUUUGAAUUACGUUAGUCCUCUGUAUGGCCAUUGUGCUUUGCACUCAGCUACAGCUGGAAACCGUACUGAAGCUGCUAAAAUUCUACUUGAUAAUGGUUCUGACUUAAAUAAUGUUUUAAAUGACCCUUGUAUGUUGCCAGUUUUACACUAUGCUAUUAGAAUAAAGUCAGAAGCACUUGCAGAAUUAUUCAUCGAACGAGGGGCCAACCCCACAUAUAAAACCACCAUUGGAGAAACUCCCCUUCAUGUGGCUUGUAGUGUUCAAUCUUUAAAAUGCUGUGAACUUUUAUUAAAGAAAUCAGAAGUUAAUGUAAACGCUCUGGAUGAGAUGCAUAGGACUCCUCUGCAUUACGCUAUAAUGUCUAAUGGCUCGAGCAUUAAAAUCGUAGAACUUUUACUGAAACAUGGUGCGAUGGUUAAUUCGAUAGACAAAACAGGACAUUCGCCUUUUCAUAUUGCAGCUUUAGGAGAACAAUCAGAGUGUGUUGAAAUGCUCAUUAUGAAUGGUGCUGAUGUUAGUGCAACGACAAGCAAAGGAGUAUCAGCUCUGAAUAUUAUUUUACGGAAGAUACCAGAAUCCUUUCAAGCGUUUAGAAAGAAGAUGGAUUCUUCUAUAAUGUUAAGACGUUCCGGUUUUAAAAACAGGGAAUUUGAGAUGAGAUUUGAUUUCACUUGUCUUCUACCAAGUGACGAAAGACCGGAAACUAGUUUCAUUAACAUCUUCAUGCAGGAGAAUCUGACAGAUCUUUUAUGCCAUCCUCUAGUCGAGGCAUUUUUGUACCUAAAGUGGGAAAGGAUUAAAAAGUUUUACCUUCUCAACAUUUUCUUCUACACACUCAUGGUGAUCUUUAUGAGUAUUUAUGUAUUAACGGCUUUGGGUUAUGAGUGUUACAAUUCCCGUGAGCAAAAUACUACGCAUGUCAAUGACACUAGUGUCAUUUGUUAUUACUUCGAAAAACAAGUUGUUGAAUUUCAUUGGUAUAUUUGGUUGACUCUUAUUUGUUUCAUGAUACCACACAAGAUUCUGAGUUACAUAACACAUAAAAGCUAUAAGGAGUAUUUUCGGAAUAUAGAACACAUUUUCGAUAUUAUAGUUAUAAUAAGCGUAUUCGCCACGUCAUUUUUGUAUACAGGAAAGACUUAUCAUUGGCAGAAGUAUGUCGGUGCAUUUUCUAUCCUUUGUGCUUGGACAAACUUGAUGUUCAUGAUUGGUCAACUGCCAGGAUUUGGUACUUAUGUUGCGCUGUUUACACAUAUUCAAUUUGAAUUUGCCAACCUUUUUUUCACAUAUUCGGGACUGUUAAUUGGGUUUACUCUAAGCUUUUGUAUAAUUUUUGAGGGAAAGCCGCCUUUUGAUAAUCUAUUUACGUCUUUGAUAAAAAUUCUAACGAUGAUGUCUGGAGAGCUUGAUUUUGUGGGACUUACAAACCAUCGUGAAUGGAGUGAAACUGGAUAUGUAAUUGUUCAUCAUCAAUUAUCUUUUUUCUCCCAAAUUCUCUUUAGCGUUUUUGUUAUUUUUGUAGUCGUAAUUUUAAUGAACUUGCUGGUUGGUAUAGCUGUACACGACAUAAAAGGUUUACUUAAUCAGGCAGGUCAUACUAAACUUAUCCGAAUGACUAAGUUGAUAGUCUCCACGGAAAUGGCAGAGCACAAAAUAAACCUUUCCUCAUUUCUUAAAAGAUUAAUGUUUAUUAAAACAGAUGCUCAAAUUCAAAAACAUAUUCUUUUUGUAAAACCGUUAAAUCCACUUGAAAAGAGGCUUCCUGGUCUUAUUCUCAAUGCAGCGUAUAAUAUUGCUAAAAAAAAUAGUCUUAUUUUAGACACUGAGUAUCCUGACUGUAACGAAAGAUCUUGUCAUGUCCCAAAGAAGAGAGGAGAAGAUACAGAAACCACUUUAGGAACUGUAGUUAAAAAAAUAACUUUGCAGUUGGAAAUCAAUAAUGACCAAAUUAAUGCGGUUCAUGAUCAGUUACGCGAAACCAGAAGAAUCUUGGAAGAAAUAAUUUUGAAAUUAUCGUACAGGAAGCGUAUUUUAUGA